AUGUCGGCGAAGCAACAGAGGCCUUCCGUCCUGGUAACGGAUGCAAGAGAACGGGCUGACCAGCGACGAUCGCCUCGGCGCCCAGGCACAUCGUCCGGUGCCCCUGGGCGGACGCCGAUGCGAUUCAUGACUGUUGACAACAUCCUCCAGCACGACUCCCAGAUUCCAUCGGGCCAGCCUCGAGGACCACCGAUACCAACACAAAGGCCACAUACUUCCGGAGGUCUCCCUUCAAGCAGCCGACGGAUCACUGCUGGAGGCCUGCCAAACAUCCCAUCUCGCACCGGCAAACCGAUGCCCUCACGAACCACCAAAAUCAGUGAAAAGCUCGUCCUCCUGCCCGUCACCGACGAAAGGGACGAAGGAGACGAGGAAUUUGAGGGAGAGGCAGCGAUGAACUUGAGCUUACAGGACGAGGCAGGCCGGCCGUUGAGAGACGAGGAGCUGGAUGUGCUUCGGAAAAGGGGCGGUAUCCGCGGCAAAAGUUAUGCAGAACGGCUGCCCAAAAUGCAGAGGACGGAUAAAGUCAGUCGAUUGACGGCAUACUGCACUGCGCAAGCGUUUAAAACGAAAGAUACGGCGGAAUUUUUGAGGAAGAAGCACGAGGCCAAGACCAAGCUCUACGACGAUUGUCUUUAUGCCAUAUAUGCCCUUCCGCUGAUGAACGGGAUUGAAGGCUAUAGAGUGCGCAGCCGGCCGAUACUGAAGACGCCUGGUACAGGAAAAACCGUGCUGGACUUGGAGAUUGAACGUAGCGAACAACGAGAUCACCACGAGGGCUACUUUGACCAAGACGCGUAUGUUUCUGCUACCGAAGACUCUGGCAACAGCCAAAGACGGCCUUCUGCGUUUGCCGACCCUUCUUCGCCGCCCGAUGAUAGCCUUUUGUCACCGCAAGGCUCAUAUCCUCCCGUCGACGACGGCAUCGCCUCCCAGAUGAAUCGCCUUGCGCCGGAUGCAAAGAACUUUGCAGAGAUGUUUGUCUUCUCGUACGGAGUGGUUGUGUUUUGGAACUUUACGGAGCACCAAGAAAAGGACAUUCUGGCGGAUCUUACCUUUGCCGAUGCCGAAGACGGCGUCAACUUGCUUUCAAGACCUUUGGACCAGGGCGAUUACGAGACUGAAGAAUUCCAUUUUGAAUACAGUCCCGAUGUGCAGCGGCCGCGAAUAUUCAACGACAUGAUCACGCUGCUGCCCCGAUCCGACCAUAUGAUCAAGUUGACCAUCAGCCAUGCAAUUGCGCAGAGUACCAAGCUGUGCUUUUUCGAGGAGAGGAUGAGCGAGACGAUGCUUGAUGCGCAGCAUGUUCCCAAGGAACUAGCUUUGACAGGAGAGCUAGGUAUGACUAGGACUGAAAUUGUCAAGAUUAUGGGUCGACUCUUCAAGAGUCGCGUGGAUAUCAACCUUUCAUCAAAUAUUCUCGAUGUGCCUAAUUUCUUCUGGGACUCUGAGCCUACGCUACAUCCAUUGUACGAAGCUAUCCGCGAGUACCUGGAGAUAGACUUGCGUAUUAAAGUGCUUAAUGAGCGUUGCCGUGUAUUCCUGGAUCUCGCAGAGAUUCUCUCCGACUCAGACGCCGAUGCCAAGAUGAGUUAUAUCACAUGGAUCAUCAUAGCUCUCAUCGUCCUGAGCAUUCUCGUCACGGUUACUGAGGUGGGCCUUCGCUUUGGCAUGCUCGAGAAGAGCAAACGCAGCGAUGACAAUAGCGGGAACAACGGCACCAACUGCGCCGGGACUGACGCAGCCUUGGCAUCGAGCGAUCUAGAGAUAUUGGCCCACGCUCUAGGCUUGGAGGGCCAGGCCACAGUUGAGGAUGUCAGGCGCGGCAUUUGGCAUCUGAGACAUGGCGGCGUCGCGGGAUCGCGGUAUGACGGCCAGAUGGAAGACGUGGAUUGA